GAGCUGCGGAUGUCGCGCAGCCAACUCGGUGCGCGCUGCGCCCUUCAUCGUUCGACACUUCCAGCAGCAAUCCAACUGGAAGGGUUUACAACCAAAGAAUUUGCAGCUAGUAUCUGCUCAGGAAACUUCGCGGACCCAAGCAAGCGCUGAUGAUGCGUUUGCCACGGCGAAGCGGUACAGUGUCAUGCUUGCCCUUGUCGUCAAGUUCCUCGCCCUGCCGGACCGGCAGCCCCUGCUGACCUUCCUCCGUGCGAAGCCGGAGGCGGUGUCCAUUCCCUUCAUCUCGUGGAUUGCGGACCAGGAGGCGACCGCUGUGGGCGAGCAGAAGCGGGUGCUGGCCGGUAUCUGCGAGGAGCUUGUUAUGAUCCGAGAGCGCCUGGACGAUGAGCGCAUGGAGGCUCUGUAUGUGGACUCCUUGGCGGCGAUCACGGCAGGGGAGCAGGCGGCGGCGGGGGGCGAGCAGGGGGCAGCGGAGCGGGAGCAGGCGGCGCUGGCGCUGGCGGCCAGCCCCGAGAAGUACGCCGUGAAGCUGGCGGAGGUGGUGACGGGGCGGCCGGUGGUGGCGGGCGGGUACGGCGACCCCGUGUACGACCUGUUGGUGCAGGCGGUGCCGCCCGCGGCACUCAGCCCCCAGGGCGUCAAGAAGGGGCACGAGAUGGCCAAGGAGCUAGCGGCCGACCUGCGCGCCCGCCGCAAGCGCUCCGUGCAGGCCAUGAUCGGGCGCGCGCAGCUGACGCCCGAGCAGGCCGACCGCCUCAUGGCCGGAUCCAACGCGUCUCGUAUCCUGGACAUGCUGCUGCUGCUGCCCUCCACGCCCGACCGCCUCGCCUCCCUGCCCGACUGCUUCACGCCGCCGCCGCUGCCGGAUGAGGAGGAGGAGGCGUCGCCGGAGGCGGCGGCGGCGGCGACGCCCUCCAUGUCUGCUCCCUCGCCCUCCUCCGACUCGGAGGAGCUGGUGUGGUGCACGCCCUCCCAGCUGCUGGUGGAGCUUGAGGCACGACUGGCGCGACUGGAGGGGCGCGGGCCGCGGCCGCCGCUGCUGCCCGGAGAGGCCGCAGCACCGGCGGCGGCGCCGCCGCCUCCGGCGCUGCUGGCGUCGGGCGAUGCCGGGGGGCUGGUGGGCGAGGCGUUGCUGGCAGAGCUGCGGCUGCUGCGGGAGGAGGUGCGGGCCACGUGGCUGGAGUCGCUGGAGGUGGGGCCGCAGGGGCAGCCGCAGGGGCAGCCGCAGGGGCAGUAGCGCUGCCGUGGACGCGCCUCCUUGCGAUGGCGGGAAUGUCCGCGACAAGGAGGCAGCACCUGUCCGAGAGACGUGAGUGUGGAGGGGUGUUCCUCGAAAGCCAUGCUCGUGAUGGAACAUGGCAAGGGGCAGGAAAGCGUAGUCCCGAUGUGUGUGGCUCCCACCCGUGCCCACAUAAAUGCGUAGCAAGAAGGGACAAGGCAUUGGUGCGUCGUUCGCGCGCUGUUACUGUACCGACGGUAGCUGGCAGGUUGUGUCGAUGUUUUGCUGACGCGCAUUCCUCACGCUCCGGGCGCCCGGCCAAGGCGAUAGCACCACACAGACUCAAUGCGACGCCACACCGCGCGGAUAGCAUAGCCGAUGCGCACCUGCAGGCAGUCGACCGGCGUCCACGGAUGAGCUGUGUAGACGAGCACUAGCGUAAUGCAACGGCGUGCAGCAAAAAGCCAUGCGUGCGGAGGGUGAGGCGGUGAGCUCCAAAGUUUGUUGACUUCAUACGCCUACGCGGCAAUGUAUAGCAGCGGAACGGAAGGGCCGGGAGCUCAGGCGCUGGAUGGAUGGGGAGGAUGCCGGGAGGCGGUAGAGAGGCAGUUUCACGACCUGGGGCUCGUUGGCAUUGCCGCUUCGGUGCUGCCGUUGGUACCAUAACUGUUUGCGAGAGGUGUGCGUACUUGCAAUUCCCAGCACGUGUAUCCGCAGACAAUGUCGAGGGGGGACUCGCAUUGUCACGGCGAGCGUUGCAAUUAGGCCCUGGACACGCUAGGGUUGAGGCAUCCGGCCCCAUGGAGACAUCACAGCCAGUCGGCGUCUUAGCUGCGUUGAGGACUUGAGGCGGGCUUUCGCGGGCUUGGACUGAAGCUGACGGUGCGCAGGUCCACUGACACGCCUACAAGACUGCAACGUGUAGUAUAUCGUACUUCAUGCUGUGUUCGCUGAUUAGAAAGGCCUCCCUUG